GCCAGGAAACAGCGAGCGUCUCAUACACCAUAGAGUGCAGAUGGGGAGAUAGCGAGUGCAUGGGGAUAGAGCGGCUCCAGCUAGCCGACAAGGAUUCAAGUUGUCUUUUUGUGAAGCGCUUUGUAAACUACCCAGCAUGCACUGUAUCCAGUUGCACAACCUUUGGCCAAACUUACGGUCACGUGUCGAAAUUUUCAUACUCUGAACCAAGUGUAAAGUUCCUCAGCAAUUGCUGCUUCACAGAAGUUCCCCAUUUUUGAAUGUGACUUUCUGUUCAAUCAUACUAGGCCUACCUAACAGACCCUAGAAAUAUGGAGGUCAGUAAGAAGCUCCUGAACUCUGUACCUGGCUGUGUUGAUGAUGUUCUGAAUGGUCUCGUAAGUUGCAAUCCUGACCUGAAGGUGCUAGAAGGUCAUCGUGUCAUACUACGUGCAGAUCUAAGUCAUAUAAAGGGACACGUGGCACUUCUGUCUGGAGGAGGCUCUGGCCAUGAACCAGCUCACGCAGGGUAUGUUGGUCGAGGAAUGCUCACUGGAGUUAUUGCUGGUCCUGUAUUCACAUCACCACCAGUUGGAAGCAUUGUAGCUGCAGUCAGGACAGUGGCCCAUGCUGGAGCAGCCGGUGUGGUGCUCCUGGUGAAAAAUUACACAGGUGACCGCUUGAACUUUGGCUUGGCUUUAGAGCGUGCACAUCAGGAAGGUAUUGAAGUGGAGAUGGUAGUGAUCGCAGAUGACUGUGCUUUCAUCUCACCAAGCAAGGCUGGAAGGCGGGGCCUGUGUGGAAUUGUCUUGAUUCACAAAAUUGCUGGAGCUCUGGCUGAAGAAGGAAAAAGUCUGAAAGAAAUUGCUUCAUUUGUCAGACAAACUGCAACUGGAAUUGGUACCUUGGGUGUCAGUCUAUCUCCAUGCAGUGUGCCAGGAUCAGGACCUACUUUUCAACUUGCAGCAGAUGAGUUUGAAUUGGGAUUAGGUAUACAUGGCGAGGCUGGGGUGCAAAGAUACAAGAUGAAGUCUUGUGAUGAGGUUGUAAGGAUUAUGAUAGAUCACAUGACCAAUGAAGCCAGCAAAUCAAGAGUAGUUUUGCAUCCAGGUGACUCCAUUAUCAUAAUUGUGAAUAAUUUGGGAGGCCUAUCUUGUCUGGAGUUGCAGAUUGUAGCCAGUACAGUUGUACACCUGCUGGAGAGUCGAGGGCUGCGGAUAGAGCGAGCAAUGACUGGAUCAUUCAUGACUGCUCUUGAAAUGAAUGGCGUCUCUCUCACCAUAAUGAAGACGACAGCAGAGCUUGUGCGGCUCUUUGAUAAGGAUACAUCUGCUCCUGCAUGGCCCCAUGUCCCAUGUGUUCAAGUAACAGGUCAGACGCGCACUAUCCAGUGUGCUCCUGAAAAUGCUCAGCCUGAAAGAACAGAGCCUGGUGCCAUUAAUGUGCAGGUCUACCAGCGAGUGUUGAAACAUGUGUGCAGUUCUCUACUGGCGCUAAAAGAUGAGUUGAAUGAUUUAGACCGAGCUUCCGGGGAUGGUGAUUGUGGAACCACACAUGCACGGGCAGCGCAAGCUAUCAGUGAGUGGAUACACAGCGGAAAUCUUCCCUCUCAGCCAUCACGCCUCCUCACUGCUUUGUCAAAUGUAUUGUUGGAGAAGAUGGGUGGCACAUCUGGUGCGCUGUAUAGUCUGUUUUUGAUGGCUGCAACUAGGCCCUUGGAGAAUGACUCGGGAGCAGAGACCUGGGCAGCUGCAAUGGAUGCCGGGAUCGAAGCCAUGAAAAGAUAUGGAGGAGCAGAGGUUGGAGAUAGGACAAUGCUAGACUCUCUGUGUGCUGCAAACUGUGUCCUCAAAUCGCUAAAAGACCCUGGCUCUGACGUAAUGGAGAUCCUCAGCAAUGCAGUGAAGAGAGCUUCUGAUGCUGCAGAAGACACAAAACACAUGACGGCUGGAGCAGGCAGGGCCAGUUACAUCGGAUCUUCCACUCUCAACCGACCAGACCCUGGAGCCAAAGCUGCUGCUGCCAUCUUGAAGGCUAUAUGGGAGGGGUUAAAGGAAAAUGCUUAGAAUAUGGUUUCAUUGUCAUACUAAUGUUGAAGGCCGUAGUUUAAUAUGGCUUCUGCUUUUCCUGAUGAUUUAUCCAGUUCUCCCUUUCAAGAUUUUUGCUCCAUGUUCGAGUGGGAAGAGUUAGAAUGUCUGUUUGGUUUUAUAACUGGUAAGAUAGCUUCCUUUUGCUGUGGUGACCUCUCCCAGACCAUUGACCAAUUACAUACUGUGGUAUCUGGGAGUGAAUGGAAACCGGCUCCAAGGUUAUAGAAAAUUGGUGAGUUCCUGCUAAGUAAGUGAUCGCAAAGGUUGAAGGGGUUUAAAGGUAAAAAAAAAAUUCCCUAAAUAACUUUCUUUACCUUACUGCAGUCCUCCUUCACUUACCUCAUCCUUC